AGGUGAACAGCCUUGCUGGGAGGAGGGGGUUGGAAUGUCGGGAGGGAUGUGGCCGUCCCCCGAUGCUUACAGCCCUGUUUCUUGGGUAGGGGGCCCCUGUGCUCACAAGGCUUCUGGCCCCACCGUCACCGAGGGUGACCUAACAGGCACGGAGGACACAUACGGCCUCGUGUCGCAGUUGGCCAGGCAGCACGGGAAAGAGCGGCGGACUUGUUUCACCGAGCAGUUACUUUAUCCAUUCACCUACCUGAGGACAUCAGGGUGGCUUCCAGUGUUGGCAUGAUGAUGAACAAAGCUGCUCUAAACAUUUCCGUGCUGCCGUUUGUGUAGACGGCCUGGACCCCCUAGGAGGAGUGCCAGACCGAGAUGGGACCGGAUGGGAGGAAUCAACUAAUUGUUGCACGAAGGAUUGAAUGUUGCACUAAUUUCCCAAGCUGGUUCAGCAGAGACACUUUCUGGGAGUGGAUUCUUUGAUGAGGAAGACAAGACAGAGAAGACAUGCUGCUGCUCAAGAAACAGACGGAAGACAUCAGCAGCGUCUAUGAGAUCCGGGAGAAGCUCGGCUCGUGAGUGUGUGUGUCAAUGAAUGUGAUGUGUGUGUGUGUGUGUGUGUGUGUGUGUGUCAGCGAAUGUGUGAGUGUGUGUGGGGUGGGGCGGAUGGGUGGCCUGGGACCGGGAGGGCCUCCCCAUCUUCUUCAGCUAGGAGGGCCCUUCCCCCUCCGCACCUCUGCUUUCCCUCCCUGCCCCCUCCUUUCCUCCUCUUCGCCUCUCCCCCUCCCUGCCUGCCUCUCCCUCUCUGCCUCAGGGGCGCCUUCUCUGAGGUGGUGUUGGCCCAGGAGCGGGGCUCCUCACACCUCGUCGCCCUCAAGUGCAUCCCCAAGAAGGCCCUUCGAGGCAAGGAGGCCCUGGUGGAGAACGAAAUCGCCGUGCUCCGCAGGGUCAGCCACCCCAACAUUGUGGCUCUGGAGGACGUCCACGAGAGCCCUUCCCACCUCUACCUGGCCAUGGAGCUGGUGACGGGGGGCGAGCUGUUUGACCGCAUCAUGGAGCGUGGCUCCUACACGGAGAAGGACGCCAGCCACCUAGUGGGCCAGGUCCUGGGCGCCGUCUCCUACCUGCACAGCUUGGGCAUCGUGCACCGAGACCUCAAGCCGGAAAACCUCCUCUACGCUACACCCUUUGAGGACUCCAAGAUCAUGGUCUCCGACUUUGGCCUCUCCAAAAUCCAGACUGGCAAUGUGCUGGGCACCGCCUGUGGGACCCCAGGAUAUGUGGCCCCGGAGCUCUUGGAGCAGAAACCCUAUGGGAAGGCUGUGGAUGUGUGGGCCCUGGGUGUCAUCUCCUACAUCUUGCUGUGUGGGUACCCCCCUUUCUACGACGAGAGCGACCCUGAACUCUUCAGCCAGAUCCUGAGGGCCAGCUAUGAGUUUGACUCUCCCUUUUGGGAUGACAUCUCAGAAUCAGCCAAAGACUUCAUCCGGCACCUUCUGGAGCGAGACCCACAGAAGAGGUUCACCUGCCAGCAGGCUUUACAGCAUCUUUGGAUCUCUGGGGACGCAGCCUUUGACAAGGACAUCCUGGGCUCAGUCAGUGAGCAGAUCCAGAAGAAUUUUGCCCGGACUCACUGGAAGCGAGCAUUCAACGCCACUUCCUUCCUGCGUCACAUCCGCAAGCUGGGGCAGAGCCCGGAGAGCGAGGAGGCCUCAGGGCGGAGGAUGGCCCGCCACAGUCACCCUGGCCUCGGGUCUGGCCAGCCCCCCAAGUGGUGACGCCCAGGCAGAUGCUGAGGCCGAGUGCCCUGACUCCUGGACUCCCUUCCUGUGGGCGGGCCCUUUCAGUCCCCUUUCCCCAGCCCCGGGACCCCGGGCUGGCCUCUGCUGGAAAGUUGGAGAUGUGUGGGUGUGGCGCAUGGCGCUGGGGCAGGAGUGGGUCUCCCCACUCUGCCACCCAGGCUCCGCCCUCGCCCGGGGGCUGGCGGGGUGCGUCCACGGAGAUCCCGCUCCACUGUCACCGCCACACCCGCUCUAGAUGCCGAAGAGGCUUUCCGGGGGCAGCUCUUCCCGCACGCUGUUCUGUGCUUUGCUGACUGUGGUGGUCCCGCUUGUGUCGUGGCCCUCGAGUUUUCCCCAAAUCAAUAAAUACAGACAGAGCGA